AUGAAGUUCUUUCAUUUCAACAUCUUUGUGUUUUCCAUAUCCGCUCUCCUUAUCUCCAAAGCCAGCGCACAAUCCACAGGCGUUCCAAACGGCGGAUUCUUAAGCACUCGAUCGAAUGGCAUAUCCAGCACCACUACAGUCCCAGUAAUAUCGACGACGUUUGAAAUAGUCAGCACGGCCAAAGCUACGACGACCACUUCACGAAGUAACUUAACUGCUGUCACCGUCCCCACAGAAACUACUGGCGCCCCACCACCCGGAGCGUAUCUCAAUCCCGGGACCACGAGCAGAGCAGCGGCUGUUGGAAACUACGAGGCUCCGGCAAAAGCGGGAUUCGUGCUUGGGGCUGUGAAUGUCUUUCUUUUUGGUAUUGGGAUUUUGGGAGUGUUUUGA